AUGCAUCCUCACGCUCAGAACGGCCAGCCGGCUGUCAGAGAAUCGAGGGAUGUCAGCCCGUUCGAUAACGGCGCAUUCCGGACCGGGCAGAUGUGCGGCCCCCGGCGAAAGCUGAUUCUUUGCUUUGACGGAACCGGAAAUAAGUUCCGGGGGGACGAUAGCGAUAGCAACAUCCUGAAAAUCUUCCGCAUGCUAGACAGCAACGCAAACGAUCAAUUUCACUACUACCAACCUGGCAUCGGAACGUAUGUUGUCUCCGACAACUUGACGCACAACGGCCUGCGGGCCAAGUGCAAGUCAUACUACCAGAUGGCCAAAGAUUCCGCUGUGGGAUCAUCCUUCGACCAGCACGUCGUGGGUGGCUAUCGAUUUCUGAUGCGAUACUACUCACCGGGUGAUGACAUUUACAUGUUCGGCUUCUCACGAGGCGCCUACGUGGCUAGGUUCCUCGCAGAGAUGCUGGACUUCGUCGGCCUGCUUGCCCACGGGAACGAGGAAAUGGUGUCGUUCGCGUGGAACUCUUUCUCCCAGUGGCAGGCCCGCAGGUCAAACUCCACGCCCGAGGGCAAGGAAGAUCGCGAGAAGAUGUACCAGUUCCUCAAGGGGUUCCGCGAGACGUUUUCGCGACCAAUCCGGAGGAUCCGGUUCCUCGGACUCUUCGACACAGUGAAUAGUGUGCCCCGGUUCGAGACGGCCUGGAUGCAGAGAAGUAGGUUCCCGUACACCGCUCGGAGCUCGGCCAAGGUCAUCAGGCAUGCCGUGAGCAUCGACGAGCGGCGUGCCAAGUUCCGACAGGACCUCAUCUACCAGGAGCCCAACAGGUGCCGAAAGAAGAGUGCUGCUAAGCGGAUGAUGGAACACCACCAACCCAUUAACGAAAAGGUACAGGAGUUCCAGGAGAAGUACAGGCCUGGCCGAAGAUCAACCCUCGCUCCAGAUGACAUUGUCGCUGCGGAAGACCGCGGUCGACGCCAGUCCCGGGCCCAGGGGGAAGACGCGGACCAUCCGGCGCCUUUCCGUUCCCGUUCCAGGUCCAAGUCGAGGACCACGAACCGGUCAUAUCCCGGUGGCACAGAACAUGAUGCUUCAUCAAUCCACUCCAAACCGCCGAUGGAGGAUCUCGGUUAUGACUCGGACGAUGAAGAGGAGCAGAGCGUCGACGAGGUGUGGUUUGCCGGGGGCCACGGUGACAUUGGCGGAGGAUGGGAUGUGAAGGCCGGCAGCAAGAAUGCCAGCCACAUCCCGUUGGUCUGGAUGGUGCGCGAGGCCAUCCGCGCAGGAUUAACCUUCGAUAUUGACCAGCUCGAGAACCUGAGAUGCGUUGAAUCAGUCGCUGGACCUGGCUUCAAUCCCGUCCCCUGGGGAGACGAGACCCCUGAAAGGUCACGUGCUCCAUCAACAGUCCCCGAGAUCCAUGUGGACGCUCCAUCUCCGGUCGGGUCUCCGAGCGCGUCUCCGAGCGGAUCAGCCACAGUGCAGGCCGACGAAGAGGCCGACGGGAUGACCCAUGCCGAGACAACAACUCUGUUCGGCAAGAUGAUCAAUACGGCGCACGAGGCGGAUAUCCACGACUCUCUGGACUUCAAAUGUGGGAUGCACCCUGCGACCGUCUUCAUGUGGCGCGUGAUGGAACAUCUCCCCUUCCGUCGGCUGGACCUGAGACCUGAUGGGAGUUGGAAGCCCAUCCGCUGGCCUCUACCCCGGGGCGAGGUGCGCGAUGUGCCGGAUAAGGUGAGGGUCCACGGAAGUGUCAUUCGCAGGAUGGAGAGGGAUCCCAAAUACCGUCCCGGAAACCUAAUCGUGGGAGGCGGUGGCAGAGGGUGCCGAGUUGCGCCCAAGGAGUACGGCAUGGGCAAAUGGAGGUGUGUUCAGGGCAGAGGAGACCCCAUUGACGAGAUUUGGGUUCGUGAGCCCAAGGCUGAAUGA